GUGCCUUCGUUUAAAAGUGUUUGUGCCUUCGUUCGUCAUAAAUACAGGUUAAAAUGUCUACCGAAAUGGAGAAAUUAAAAAAGUUACGUGUUAUACGCUCACAGUGCAAAGGAACCAUUACAAGAAUCGACAGUUUUGUCAAGGAUCCCGUAGCUUUGGCAGCCGCCAGCGCCGAUAUAUUAGAGGCGCGUAAAGAGAAGCUUAUUUCCACCUUAAAAGAUUACGAAAAGGUGCAAAUGGACAUCCUAAGCAUUGAUGAAGGCGACGGUGAGCAGGUGGGAGAUAUUGAAGAGAAAUACUAUUCCAUAUUAGCAAAAAUAAAUAGUUCUCUUAAAAUGUUAAACUCAAAAGUGACUUCGGAGUGCCACAACGCAUCCACAUGUAAGUUACCCACAAUUGAAAUACCCUUUUACGACGGAAAGGAUUUCACUAAAUUUAAACCCUUUUUCGACUUAUUUACUGCUGUCAUUGAUCGGAAUACCUCGCUGUCUGAUGUGCAAAAGCUUUUUUAUUUGAGAAAGUACCUACAGGACGAUGCGUUGGCGGUUAUUCUGAAUUUGCCGUUGGUAAAUGAGUCAUAUAAAGAAGCAAUACAAUUAUUAAAAAAGAGAUUUGACAACAAGGCUAGAUUAGUUGCAAAUCAUAUAGGCAUAUUGUUAGAUAUUUCUAAUAUACAAAAGGGCACAGCGGCUUCCAUACGAACAUUUGUUUCACAAAUAAAUCAACAGAUGCAUGCAUUAAAAAAUUUAGAUGAACCCGUUGAUAAAUGGGACAUGCUUUUGAUAUCAAUUUUGACUCGAAAGUUAGAUCAAUUCACACACCGGGCAUACCAAUUAGACCGGGACUCAGACACCAUGCCUACGAUGGCUGGUUUCAUUGAAUAUUUAGAAAAGCGUGCUAUAGCGCUCGAAGAUAGUCAUCAAAAUAAACAUAGUACCUACUAUGAUGGUGCUAACAAACAUGUUAAUAAUAAAAGUACUUGCUAUGAAGGUACUCAUAAAUCAAUACCUAAGGUUACAAACGUGGUAUCGAAGUCGUUGCCGCCCUGUAGGUAUUGUGAUAAUAAAGACCAUCAGAUAUAUAACUGUCCCAUAUUUAAAAUUUUGCCUAUCGCUCAGAGGCAAUCUUAUGUAAAUGAAAAGCACAUGUGUAAUGUAUGCCUUAAUAACCAUGAUGGUAAAUGUAAAUUUACUUUUAAAUGUAAAAUGUGUAAACAGGGCCACAACACAUUGCUGCAUCAGGAGCGCAAUGUGCAUGUGGACAAGCCCAGGACAAAUAAUGAUGACAGUCAGCAGCCACUAUCAUCCGAUGCUGGUGAGUUUGACAUUGCUGUUAAUACUAUUUUAAAUUGUGUGUCCGAUAGUGGUGUUUUGCUGCCAACCAUAAAGGUUAAAUUAAUAACUAAAAAUAAUGAAGAGGUGACAUGCAAGGCAUUACUGGAUACUGCAUCUCAAGGCAGUUUUAUACGUUCAGAUUUAGUAAGCAGGCUUGGCUUAAAACCGAUGAUGGAACCAAACAAUAUUAUUGGUUUCCGUAAACAACUAUGUAAAGUGAAUGAGUAUGUAAUUUUGACUCUUCAGUCUUGUAAAAAUAAUGUUAAAAUAAUAUUAAAAUGUCAUAUUAGUGAUGAAAUUACUUCCAAACUGCCUCAAAGAACAUUAGAUGUAUCUAAAUAUCAUAUCCCAAAAAAUAUAACUUUAGCUGAUGACACAUUUUACAUAACAAAUGAUAUCCCUCUGUUGCUUGCAGCAAACAUCUAUUUUGCUAUAUUGUUACAGGGCUGCAUUAAAACUGAAAAUGGACCAGUAUUUCAGAAUACCAUGUUAGGAUAUGUUGUCGGAGGAAGUAUCCCCGAGCAAGGACACCACUGCGUGUUCAAUCCUUCCAGUCGAACCUCACCUCAUCGUGUGGUCUUUGAUGGAUCGAUGAGAUCUAGAAAUGGGACAUCGCUGAAUCAAGUCAUGCUGAACGGACCUGUUGUACAGAGUGAGCUCUUUGAUAUCCUUAUUUUAUUCAGGACUUAUCCCUUUAUUUUAACUUGUGACAUUCAAAAAAUGUUUCGCAAUGUUUUUAUUAAUGAACAUCAACGCGGACUUCAAAACAUUUUAUGGCGCGAAUCGCCCAAAGACCCUAUCAACUGCUUGCAGCUUCAAACUGUUACGUACGGUUUAAAAUCGAGUACAUUUUUAGCUACAAGAGCUCUAAAUGAGCUAGCAAAUAUGCAUAAGGAUCAAUUUCCUUUGGCCGCUCAGGCUAUUUACAAAAAUACAUUUGUUGAUGAUGUGCUGACUGGCGCUGAUGAUGUAGAGACACUUCAAGAGCUGAAAAGGCAAAUUGUAGAGCUUUUGGAGUUAGGUAGUUUCUCGUUACAUAAAUGGUGCUCGAACCAUGCUCCAAUUUUAAGCGAUAUACCAGUUGAGCACAGACAAAUUGAUAGUGUAGAGAUAGGUCAAAACGACACCGUGAAGACAUUAGGUCUCACACUCGAAAUAAACUCAGAUAAAUUGAGUUUCUCUUGUCCUGCACAUGAUGAGGCAACAAUACUGAAUACAAAAAGAAAAAUUCUCAGCUAUAUAGGGAAAAUGUUUGACCCACUUGGUUUAAUUGGCCCAGUAAUUGUGGUGGCCAAACUAUUCAUGCAAGAACUCCAUAGCUCUAUGCGUAAAGAUUGGGACUCUACAAUCCCAAAUGAAAAGUUCCUAUACUGGUCAAACUUUUUAAAUAAUUUAAAACAAAUGGGUCAAAUAAAAAUAGAUAGAUGUGUAAAUUUUAAAUUAGUAUCACAUGUAGAGCUAGUAGGGUAUGCCGAUGCAUCUCUUAAAGCUUUCGGGAGCUGUCUCUACCUAAGAGUUUUUAUGACUGAUGGCUCGGUUCAAGUGAACUUAUUGUGUUCCAAAUCCCGUGUGUCCCCACUUUCUAAAUCUCACACCAUACCUCAAUUGGAGCUUUCUGCUGCUCUACUUUUAGCGCAAUUGGCAAGUAGAGUCAGUAAGAUUUUAAAAGAUAGAGUUCCUCAUAAAAUGUAUCUUUAUAGUGAUUCCCAAAUCGUAUUGUGGUGGAUCAAAACAGAGGCAGUAAAAAGUACUAUAUAUGUAAAAAAUAGAGUCAAACAAAUAGUAGAGCUUACUGAAAACUCGCAAUGGCUGUAUGUUAGGUCAAAAGAUAAUCCUGCCGACUUAUUAUCAAGGGGAGUUGAACCACAUAAGCUGCAGGAGUGUGAUUUAUGGUGGCAUGGUUCGCCAAGUCUUUGUGAUGUAAAUUAUACACAUACAAACUUAGAAGAAUUUAAUUAUGACGAUAUCAUGACACAUGUAGACUCGCAUGGUGCUUCAUUGGAUGCGUCUUCUAACGAUGUAGAGGGAAUUUUGUGCCAUACCACAAAUGUAGAGCCUCUAGAUUUAUUAAAAAAAUAUUCUAACUUGAAUAAACUUCAAAGAGUAAUAGGCUUUAUUUAUAGAUUUUACAAUAACUGCUUGAACAAAGACAACAAAAUAACAAGUAGAAAUUUAACUUCUAGGGAAUUGCGUGACUCUAUGUUGAAGAUAGUACGUUGUACACAGGCAGAGCAUUUUAGUAAAGAAUUAGUCCUGCUCUCAAAAAAUAAGCCUGUGACAAUUAGUGAUCAAUUAGCAUUUCUAGAUAAAAACGGUGUAAUUAGAGCCGUGGGGAGACUGCAAAAUGCAGAGAACCUGUCUUAUGACAAGCGGCAUCCGACUAUACUUCCAAAAAACUCCUUUAUUACCGAUCUCAUUAUAGAACGAGAGCACUUAAGACUUAUGCAUGCAGGCGCUAGGCUAGUAUUAGGCUCUCUAUCUCAGAGACAUCAUCUUGUGAAUGGUAUACGAGAGGUAAAAAAGGUGGUGCAUAAAUGUAUAAAAUGUAUACGUAUGAAAGCGGAAGCAGCAAAGCAGUUGAUGGGAGAUCUUCCUAAAGAAAGAAUCACUCAGAGCAGGCCCUUUCAGCAUGUAGGAAUUGAUUUCUGCGGUCCGUUUAACGUAAAGGUUUCUCGCAUUAGAAAACCUAUUAUUACAAAAGGCUACAUCGCGCUUUUUGUUUGCUUUGCUGUAAAAGCGAUACACUUAGAACUUGUUUCUGAUCUCACGGCUGAAACUUUCUUAGCAUGUCUUAAACGAUUUAUUUCUCGGCGUGGCAUGCCCACAAACAUAUUUUGUGACAAUGCAAAAACCUUCAAGGGUGCUUCUAAUACAUUAAAAGAUUUGUAUGACCUAUUUUCCUCCAAAGAUUGUAGAGACUCUGUCAACAAAUAUUGCUCAAAUAACUAUAUAACAUUUAAUUGGAUACCGAGUUAUUCUCCAACGUUUGGAGGAAUUUGGGAAAGUGGCGUCAAAAGUGUAAAACACCACUUUAAAAGAAUAGUAGGCAAUCUAUGUUUGACCUACGAACAACUAAACACUGUAAUCAUAGAGAUUGAAGGCAUUUUGAACAGUAGACCUAUACUAUCUGCUAUUUCUAAUGAUUGUGAUUAUAUAACUCCUGGACACUUCAUUUGUGGCGCAGCCUUGACUGCUUAUCCGGAAAUCGAUCUCACUGAAACCUCAGUAAAUCGGGUUCCAUUUUGGAAAAUGUGCACUAAGCUUAAGCAAGACUUUUGGAAAACCUGGUCUCAAAGUUAUUUGAGUCAGCUCCAAAGCCGCCCCAAAUGGAAAUACCAGCAAACUAAUUUAAAGGAAGGUGAUUUGGUAAUUGUAAAGGAUAUGAACACCUCUCCAUUAAAUUGGCCAAUGGCUCGAAUAGUAAAAACGUUCCCUGGUAGGGACGGAUUAGUAAGGGUAGCUGAUGUUAAAAUUAAUAAUAAGAUAUUUCGUAGAGCCAUAACUAAAUUAUGUCCUUUACCUGUAAUGUAGUAUUAAUAACUUGUCUUAUGUUUAGGUUUCUAUUGGCGGGUCCACUCUUUACCUGUAUGUAAUAUUGCCUGGCCCCAACUAUGUUUAAUACAAAACAUAUAGAGUGUAAACUUAGCUUAAGUAUUUUUAGUAUAUAGCAACACAUUUGUAGUUGCCUUAAAAAUU